UAUUAAUAUGUGAACCAGAGAUGGUUAAGAUAAUGAAAAGUUAUUCAGUAUCCGAUUACCUUUUACCAAUCAGUUACACAUAUUAAUUAAAGCCAUGUUGCAUAGUCUCCAACGGUAAAUCUGAUCAUGUAAGACCCACACAUUAUCGCUUAUCUUAUAUAAUAAUACCACUGCUAAUGAUAUAUGUAUUAAAAAAAUACUCUACAUGACAUGAACUAAUAGAGCAAGUAAUAACAAUGAGCUUCUUUGUCAGCUCCAGAAAAACUGAAGGUUUUAGGUGAGGUUUGCUCUGACAAUUGCCCUCAAAUACAAAAAUAAAGAGCUCAAAAUAGCUUUAUUGCAGUUAUUGUUUGGGGAAAGUGAUACUACUUAACUGUCUGCUUUGAAACCACUGAGUGAAUGAAAAGGAAUGGUUAAAAAUGGCAUUAGAGUUAUUUAAAACCUCCAUUGGGGAACAAGGGUCAAUUGUGCUGCCACAGCCCCUGGAGCAUGCCGUAGAGGACCUUGUAAGCUGAUCAGUGAUUGGUCAGUCAGACAGAAAAGGGCGGUCCGCAUGAAUUAGUGACAGACGUUAAAGGCAGAUAUCCUGCAGUGAUCAAACCCUGGGUGAUCUGACAGUCCAGUGUUUGAAGUGAUUAUCAUGCUACGCAACAUAAAGGCUUACCCCCAGCCUUGUGCCUAAUUAGUUCACUUAGGGCCCUUUAUAAGACUUUGGUAGGGGACUGGGAAGUACAGACAGUCGCUGAGAAGUCAGCCGCUCAACAGGAUAGUAGCAGCAGAUUUGGAUCCUUAAAGUUGACUUGCUGACACACCAAAACAAACAAAUCUGAAGACCAUCUGCUUCUCUGAGAAUGCCACACUUAACUGGCUGCAGUUACUACACAAUGCGGGAUGCAGCCAGCGCUUCAAAUGUACAGAGCCACCUGGAGAACUCCAAGUUCCACCUCCAUCAGACCCAGAAUCAGCAGGUCAAGCAGUACCUGACUCUGGGUUCCAAGCUGGCCUCGUCGGCCGGGCAGGGCCACGCCGUUCUGCAUCCCCACGCCCCGGGCCAGCCGCUGGCCAACGUGCCGAUCAUGAGGAACGGACACAUGCCCCCUGUCAGCGACAGCAGCAACCCCGACAGCCCCGUUACCCUGCUCAGCAUGGCCAAUCACGACAGCGAGUUCCCAAUGGAUGAAGUUAUUGAUGACCUAAUUAGUCUUGAAUCCGGUUUCAAUGAUGGAGGCUUGGAUUGCAUGGAGUCUAACCUCAUAAUGCAAAACAAUGUGUCCCUCAGUGGCAGCAUGCUGGAUAUCUAUGGGGGUGAACAAGUACACGACACAAGAGGGAUGGCCAAAGAGAGACAGAAAAAGGACAACCACAAUCUGAUUGAAAGGAGGCGAAGAUACAACAUCAACUACAGGAUUAAGGAGCUGGGGACGCUCAUACCAAAGUCGAAUGACCCGGACAUGCGCUGGAACAAAGGCACUAUCCUGAAGGCCUCGGUGGAGUACAUAAAGUGGCUGCAGAAGGAGCAGCAGCAUGCUCGGGAGCUUGAGAGCCGUCAGAAAAAGCUGGAGCAAGCAAACAGGAGACUUCUGCUGAGGAUCCAGGAACUUGAGAUCCAGGCACGAGCGCACGGCCUCCCGAACAUGGCAUCGUCCUUGGGGACAGUUGAACUAUCCUCCCACCUUCUCAAACAGCAGCAGCAGUCGUCUCCCCAGGCUCAGCUACCCCAGCAGCCGCCCCUCUACCAGGAGGACCCCAACAGCGAUUACCUCCAGAGGAUAGCCGGCGUGCCGUCGUCCAUCCCCGCUGCCGCCGGGCCGCAGGAUCACAUCCCCGGUGCCGACGGCUGCUCCACGUUCUCUGACCCGCUGUCCCACUUCACAGACUUCUUCAGCGCUACCCUCAAGGAGGAGCACCGGCUGGAUGAGAUCCUGAUGGAUGACCCGCUCUCGCCGUUUGGCACCGACCCGCUCCUCUCGGCCGGCUCGCCCGAGGCCGCGUCCAAGGACAGCAGCCGCAGGAGCAGUUUCAGCUCCGCGGAGGACGACGACCUAUAAGGGUUUGCCCUCUUUAGUGACAAACUCUUGUUAUCUUCUCACGGCAACACUGUUGAAAUGCCCAGUGGGCGUGAGCCUCCAAAAGACUGACUGAUGGCUCCGGGCAUGCAGUAAGUCAUUUAAAUGACAGCUAACACACCUGACAGUGCCCCUCAAAGUGCCACCUGUACAUAAAGUGGGUCGUACUUGUUGAUCAGGUGGUUGUUCGAGCUGGACUGGCCCCAGAGCUUGUAUUCUUCAAAGCUCAGCGGGACUAGAAACAGCUCGUGGACCUCCUGCUCCUCCACCUGCUCUUUUUUUUACUUCACAAAAGAAAAUGAAUAUGUUUCUCUGCCUCCCGGACAGAGUUGAAACAGACUCACAAGAAAAAGGGAGACAUUUAUAAGCCUUUAAGUACAUCAUAUAAAUGACUAUGCAUACUGUUGUUUUGGUAAACACUGUGGUAGCUGUACACUGUAACGUGCAAACCCAGACAGAACUGCCCAUGAAUAAAAUGAAAAUACUACUACUUUUAAAGGACUGUAGACAGUGAUGUGCCUUACUCAAACUCCAAGUGUUGUCCUAAAAAUGUAUCAACAUGGGACUGUACUCACCACAAUGCCUAACAUGUCUUUGGUCUUGUCUGGGUCUUUUAAGUGUUCUUGUCAAAUAAGUGCUUGUGUAUUUAUAUGUUUUAAUCCAUGUUUUCCUGAAAAAUAUAUAUAUAUUAUUAUCUAACAUGUUACCUUUUUUAUUCUUAGUAGAGGGGUGGGAAAAAUAUAAUA